CAACAUCUAUGGGGCCGGGCUGACAACAUCUAUGGGGCAGAGGCGGAGGUGAAGGGUGUGACUGAAACUGCUGCUGGGUCACAUGGGGAAGCCGAGGCAGGAACCGGGUGUCGGAGGAGGCAGCGAGUAGGGAGAUGGAAGUGGAGCAGCCCCCCCAAACCUCUGAGCCCCCAACGCUGCUGAAGACCUAUAGAUGGAGAACAACAGCACCCGUGGGUGACAGGGACCCCGCUCGGCCCCGGAGCCGCCUGCAGGGCUGGAAACGAUCCUACAGCCACCCCGAGGCUGAGAGCGUCGAUAACGGUGUGGGGAAGGGCAGCGCCAACAUGGCGGCACCCAAAGGCGGCGCACGACGGUCCCUGUUCCAAAGGGCGUUUUCGGCACCGUCCAAAGGGGCCAAGGAGCCGCGCAGCCCCGAGGGGGGAAAGGGGACCCUACAGAAAUACCUGCGGUCUAUGUCCAAAAGGAAAGGCCAUGGGGAGAACGGGGCCAGGGAGGAGAAGGGGGGUCAUGAGGGCAGCACAGCCCCACAGAGCACCCCCAGCGCCCCCUCCAUCCCAGCACCCGACGUCACAGUGUGGGACGUCUCCAACUUCUCCCUGGUGGACAAACAGCUGGUCCACGUGGGGCGGGACGAGGAGAUUGCAUCCAGGAACAGGAACCGGACCGGGAGCUCAGAGAGCAGCAACGUGCAUCCAAUGGGCGGCAGGAGGGACACGGACCCCGAGGAGCAGAGCGCGAGGACAGCGGGGAAAGGAACCGACAGCGACGGAUCCACCACGUCCCAGUUCAGCAACNNNNAGGGGCUGCUGUGGAAGAGGCUGAGGGAGAGGAAAGGUCGAAUUGUGCCCAAAAAUGAGAGCGUGGCGAUGGCUGGAACGGAUGGAGACAGGGUCCCGAGCCGCUGUGGGUCCCAUGAAUCGCUGCUCCCAGCGCCCAGUGCAGCAGAGCUGGAUCUCAGUGGGGACAACGUCAUCGUGCGCCCGGUGCAUGGGAGUGUCGUGGGGGAGAAGUUCUGCUUCCAGGUAAUGGGGCUGGGGGGCAAGGGCAAGGAGCCCCUAUAUACCCCUAUAGGAGCACCUAUAUACCCCUAUAGAGGCCAACCCAACCACUGCAUCCCCCCCAACAUGGCCAUCCCCCAUCCCACCCCAACCACCAUGACCACCCCACCACAACCAUCAUCCAUCCCACCCCCAUUCCACCCCAACCUCCACAUCCACCCCAACUUGGUCAUCACCCAUCCCACCUCAACCAUCACAUUCAUCCUAUCAUGA